CAUACACAAUAUUCACAAUAUGACAGUUAUUUAAUUAAAUACAUUAUCCAGGGAAUGUGCAUUAAUGUAACUCAUAGAUUCAGGCUGGGUAUAAGAGUCAGAAUUUAAUUAAUUAACCUUUAACGAGAGACAAAAAAAUAAAAUCUAAUAAUUUAAAGCCACUCGUGUUUUCCUUUUCCCUCGCAUGUGAUUUUAUUUUGAAACUGGCGUCGCUCCACAUCCGGCGCCGACCUCGUUUAACUUGACCAACGGCCCUUCCCGUUUAAUCCCACCCGCGAUCCGGGGCUCGGGAUCCAUUGAGCAGCCUGGCCCGGGCCAACACGAAGCGAAAACGGGGGGUUCGUUCCCUGUCAGACACCUUGAAAACGAUCACCGGCGUUUUGUGUGUUUUUUUACCCCCCGUCCGGUACCCGAAACCCCCGGUAACGGCGUCCGCAAGCUCCCCGUUUAACCGUUAAACCGUUAAACCGUUAAACGUUGUGUCGGUUAGUUAGCCGUUGGUUCGAAUGUCACGUUUGAGGUCCGGCGGACAAACGAGCGCCGGGGCCAACGGAGGAGCACUGCAGCUUUGCGUCAAAGACAGAUAAUAAAGCUAAAAAAAAAAUAAAAUAAAAACACACCCGUGGUUCGGGACAAGUCCGCAAUAAAGAACCGGGACCGGCCACGUUACCUCGGGUAGACAGGCGGUCAGCAGAGAGGUUAUUUCUGGCCCGGCUGCUGGCGUUACACAUGCUCCGGUUCUAGUCGUUUUGAGCUAACCCCACUAAAAAAAAAAAAUACAUAUAAAUAUAAAAAAAUAAACACUAAUAACGUUACAGCUCCUCUCCCACAGUUUAAGCACAGGUUAAACGGGAGGGAGCUCCGGUUUUAUCGCGUUAAAACGUCUUUGAAUUGAACUGAAGAGCCUCACAGCUAACAUAUGAGGCCCGGUUGAAAAGAUGGACCUGAAUUUUUAUUCGGAUUUAACGGACGGUACCGGGCAGCACGACGGCGAUCCAGAGUUCUUGGAUCCGCAGUCUUUCAAUGGAUUUGACUCUGACAACAAGUUCCCUGGAGGCAGCGACAACUACCUGACAAUAUCCGGGUCCGGCCAUCCUUUCCUCUCUUCUUCAGAGUGUGCCACUAAACCCAUCGACCUCUUCAACCUCGCUGGAUCUGCUGGUGGAACGUUCCACACUCCCAGCCUCGGCGAUGAGGAGUUCGAGAUUCCUCCCAUCUCUUUGGAUCCGGACUCGGCGCUCACCGUGUCCGACGUGGUGUCCCAUUUCGGGGAGCUGUCGGACGCCGGCCCCUCCGACAGCGUGGUCGUACCCGGGAACGCCGUGGUGGAAGGGGACGACCCCUCGUUCGCCUCCACCUUCGUCAACGCCCCCUCGCAGGGGCUGGAGCACCUGAGUCUGGGAGUCAUCAACCAGUCGGGGGGAAGCGCUUUGUUGGGGUCGUCGCUGGGAAUGGAUCUCGGUCAUCCCAUCGGCUCCCAGUUCAGCAGCUCGUCCCCGGUGACCAUCGACGUCCCGCUGGGUGACAUGAGCCAGAGCCUGCUGGGGUCCAACCAGCUGACCACCAUCGACCAGUCGGAGCUCAGCGCUCAACUGGGGCUCGGCUUGGGAGGCGGGAGCAUGUUGCAGCGCCCCCAGUCGCCCGACCACCCUCUGUCGGCCACGGCGUCGCCCACCAGCUCGCUCCAGGAUGACGACAUGGAUGACUUUAGGAGGCAGCUCCCGGCUGUCCCGGACGCCCAAAGCAGGAAAGCCGGGCAAGAGCGAAGAAGCCGCCGAAACCGGAAAGACCCGAACGAAGCCUCAUAAAACGGUGUCGGCCUAACCGCUUUGUUCUUCAGCACGCAGGCGACAUCAAGGGACAAAAUCCCAAACGCCACGUUUGGAGAAGUUUCCAAGAUAGUGGCCUCAAUGUGGGACAGCCUGGGGGAGGAAGCCAGAAAGCAGGUGUACAAGAGGAAAAACGAAGCGGCCAAGAAGGAUUAUUUGAAGGCGCUGGCAAGGUACAGAGCCGGACACGUUUCUCCCAGGCAGCAGAUGGUGCACGCCCAGGCUCCGCCCCCUCUGCAGGCCAAACCGCGGGGCGCCGCCACGGCUCCGCCUCCGCUGCAGAUCAAGGUCGUCCCGUCGUCGCGGCAGUCGGACGCGGGCGCUCCGAUCAUCGUGGCGUCGGGCGGCGAAGCGCCCACGUCGGCGUCCUCCUCCGGUGUGACGGUGGAGGUCGGACAGUCGGCCGAGGCGGAGACGGGAGGAGAGGAAGUGGCGGAGGCGGAGGAAGGGAUGGAGGUCGAGGUCAACGUCGCCCACGUCCCGAGCGUGACUCCCGCCGCCGGACGCAACAUCUGCGUGCGUGCCGGCUGCACCAACCCGGCCGUGGAGAGCAAAGACUGGGACAGAGAGUACUGUAGCAACGAGUGUGUCGCCACGCACUGCCGAGACGUGUUCAUGGCCUGGUGCGCCAUCCGAGGGCAGAACUCCACCACGGUCACAUAAGGACGCAUCUGACGGACGAGUGCCGCACAUAAAAGACAAAGAACACAUACGAAUAACACACGAAAUGCAAAUGAACAGAGGAACGAACGGACGAACGAUCAGGCUCAGGUUAUCGGCACGUAACGGAACGACAAACACGAGUCGCAGGAGAGUAUUUGAACGUCACUACGAUGUGCUUUUACUGCGAUCGGCUUCUGAAGACUGCAAACUUUAAAAGACGUACGGACGCGUGGGUGAAUAAUGAUACUAAAAAGAAGACAGAAGAAAGAAACUUAAAGACUUCUUUCUCCUUUUCGAUCAUCUAUUGUGAAUCUGAAUUAUGGACUUGAUGAUAAAACAUAAAAAAGAAAAAGGACGUUUUAUAUGAACUCACGGUGUUUUUAAUUGUUUCGGAAAGAAAGAAAGUCGCAGGAAGAGAAAAUCAUGAAUCUCGCAGAUGAAUUCAGUUCAUUUUUUAUUAAUUUAACAAAAAAAAGAUUCCACUUUAUACGUGUGUGCUCUUCCCUUUACUUUUUUUUUUUUUUUUUUGGGGUUUAGUUCUUCAGCAAAUAGAGAUUUAACAACCGGGCAAAGCACAAACAGUCUUAAAGGUUUAGUUCAAAGUGAAAUGUUUGGAAGAAGCCAUUUCGAGACAAAAAGGUGGGAAUGAAUCUGCCGACAGCCAAAUGACGUUUGUUACUUUACAAGCCGCUGGAGAAGAGGAGGAAGAGGAGGAAGAGGAAGGGUGAAAGAAAACCACCAUCAUGCGAAGGAUUUUUGAAAACAGGUGCUAACAUUCAGGAAAGAAAUAUCUCUGGUGUUCUCUGUUCUCCUGCUGAGUUUUCCUUCAACAUAAGAGCUUUUUAAAAAUAUGUGGUGCAUAUUUUUUUUAUUUUACAUUUUGUGGUGACGUUUGGUUUUUGAGGAGAAACAAACCCUGAAACAAUUGGAUUGAAAUGAACACACCAGCUGUAACAAACACUACUGUAAAGGGGAAAUGGGAAUACAGUAUAUAAAAGCUUUACUUUUUAACGUAACAGUAUUUAAUUUAAUAAAUUGCUUUCAGGUCUGUUUAAAUAAUCAAGAAAAGGAUGUUUGUUUCCCAAAAGAAAACUGUUCCCAGUCGGAUUAAAUGACGCCGCGAUCGGUCUGGUUUAUUGUAGAUAUCCUGGAAAUGUUUUUAUUGGUGAAAUAAAAAAUAUUUUAUGUUUUAAUAUACACAUUUUGGCCUCACAAUUA